ACUUGGUAGGAUGUGCUGCAACAACCAAUAAGAGGUACCACUAUAACAUGAUGAGGUAUCAUAAUAGGACUUUAAUGAAGAUACUCACUAGCAAAGUAGUUAAAAUUGAGAACUUAAAAUUAUUGGGUUUUUUGGUCUUACAUUUUUUUUUUUUCUUCCCUUUUGAAUAGACCUGGACCAGAUCAAACUCUUGGGCACUUUUUUUUACAAAAGAAUUUUAAAAAGUCAUUUUUUGGUGGCAGAUGAAAUGGAAAUAAAACAAUCAUUGGAAUUACAACUGAAAGGGAAGAGGAUAAUAGCUUUGUAUCACUUCUUGCAAUGAAAUCUUUAUAAAAAUUCAAUCAGUUGACAUGCGCCCAACGGGGAAUAUGGAGCUUGGCUUUUCCCGUUCAGCUGUCCAGACUCUGUCAAGAAGCCAUUGCAAGAACAUCAAACAAAAGAUCUCUCAGUGGGAAGGAAGGACUAAUGGUGGAUCUAAUCCAGAACACCGGCAACUGAAAGACUUCGGAGUGAAAUAUAAUUGUAAUCGUGAUGUUUUUCCUAAGACAACGGCUGCUUACAAAAGUAAAAAGCUGGCUCCUAUUAACUCUCCAAAUCUGGGACUGGAUCUGAGGGAAGAAGAGGUCAAAAGCUGUGAUCAAAGUGAGGAUGAAAAUGAGAGGCAUGAAUAUGAUUCAAAUUUAUUUAACAAUGAAGCAGAAACCAACAUAGUAUGUUCUCAGGUCAAACAAAUUGAAAACUGGAAAGAUGAUGUUUUGAAUCCAGAGAAUACAUUGCCUCCUGGAAACUUUUAUACCUCAAGAAUAUUAUGGAAGAAAAUGGAAGCACUUCCUCCAGAUAAAGUCUUGAAUUUGUCCUUAGAAAGCUGUGGCUCUCCAGCAAAGGAACUGAAUUUCAGAGUUCUGGAUAGGCCAAAUGGAAUAGCCAAGAGUUUAGAAAAUGUUUACUCUGAUCCCGAGGGACAAGAAGCUGGACCUUCUAUAAACCCUCUGCCAAAGCCUCGUAGGACAUUCAGAUAUUUAUCUGAAUCAGAUGGUAUACCACUUAAAGAGAGUAACUGUAAACGAGAGCACUGUGAAAAGCAACCACUGGAUAAAUUGUUUGUAGAGCCCCCUCUUCCCCCUGCUCCAGGUCUUGAAACAAAGAAAUAUGGUGGAAAAAUUAGAAGGAGAUCUAAAAGGAAAUCCUUUGAGUUUGAAGAUAUCCAGCACUUUCGGAAUCGGAACUCACCCAAGAUCCAUGAAGAACUUGGAGAAAAUUCUGGAUCAGCACUUUAUUAUACACAGUCAGAAGACAAUAUCUAUGAAGAUAUCAUAUAUCCUGCCAAGGAGAAUCCAUAUGAGGAUAUCAAAGUAACACCUCUACCUGUGUGGAGGGCUCCCUCAACAUGGAAAUUGCCACCCUCUAAACAUACUUUUAAGCCACCCAAGCUUCCUCCCAAACCUCCAUUCCUCCAUCGUAAGACUAUGGAACUGAAGAAUUCACAAGCAUAUUUACGUUCAAAGCUCACAAAGGACACGACUUUGCCUGUCACUUUAACAGAGUGGAAAGUAUUCCGAGCUGGAGAAGUUGCAAACAGGAAAAGAAAAAACCUCCCAAGGCUUGUGUUGAAAAUACAGGAUGUUUUUGAUUCUAAGAGAGGAAAGAAGAGAGUAAAAUUGCAUCCUUGUACUGGGAAAGAAACACCCCCUGCUAAAGGUGAAGCCAGCGGAAACGAAAGUGAUGCUGAAUAUCUGCCAAAGAAUCGUCAUAAACGAAUAGCGCAGCUACAACAGUCAUCCAAAAGGAACCCUCACUACCAGACUCUGGAACGGGAUCUCAUUGAGCUUCAGGAACAACAGUUAUUUGAACUCUUUGUCGUGGUAUCUCUGCAGAAGAAACCACUAGAAAGCACAUAUACUCCUCAAGUCAUACAACAGUUCCCCAGCAAGGGUGAACAUCCCUUCAAGCAAUCCAAAGAUACUGAGGAGAGGCUCAAAGUCAUCCCCAGCUUCUGUUUCCCUGAUUCUAAAGACUGGGUGCCUACAUCAGAACUGAAGAGCGAAACUUUCUCCUUUGUGCUGACGGGUGAAGAUGGGAGCCGGUGGUUUGGUUACUGCAAGAAGCUCUUGCCGGAAGGCAAAGGAAAGAGACUGCCUGAAGUAUACUGCAUGGUUAGUCGAUUGGGCUGCUUCAACCUCUUUUCAAAGAUUCUGGAUGAAGUGGAGAAGAGGAGAGAGAUGUCUCCAGCACUUGUACAUCCUUUCAUGCGGAGUGUCAUGGAAGCACCUUUCCCUGCACCUGGACGUACCAUCACUGUCAAAAGCUACCUUCCAGGAGCUGGAGAUGGGUCAAUUGAACUCUGCCGACCGCUGGAUUCUCGGCUUGAACAUGUGGAUUUUGAGUGUCUAUUUAAAUGUCUAAGUGUAUGUCAACUCAUCCGAGUCUGUGCCUCACUCCUUUUGGAACGAAGGGUUAUAUUUGUUGCUAACAAUUUGAGUACUUUAUCUAAAUGUGGCCAUGCUGUGGUAGCCACCCUGUAUCCCUUCACCUGGCAGCAUACCUACAUCCCAGUCUUGCCAGCCUCCAUGAUUGACAUUGUGUGCUCACCCACUCCAUUUCUUAUCGGCAUUCUGUCCUGCUCCUUACCAUUGCUCCAGGAUCUGCCCAUUGAGGAGGUGCUGAUUGUUGAUCUCUGUGCAGACAAGUUUUUGCAGGAGGUCUCUGAUGAAGAUGAAAUUCUACCACCAAAACUCCAGGCUGCUCUGGUGCAGAUUUUAGAAGAACGAAAUGAAAUCUUGGCUCAAGAGCAAAGUUCUCCACAAGUAGAUGUGACACUCAACACCCUGGUGUCUGAAGCUUUUGUCAGAUUCUUUGUGGAGCUGGUGGGACAUUAUUCUUUGAACAUGACUGUGACAGAACGUGGAGAACGUGUAUUCCAAAGGGAGCCAUUCCGCAAGUCUCAUACCUCCCGGAGUGUGCGUCACUUCCUGGAUCUGUUCAUGGAGACACAAAUGUUUGCUGGUUUCAUCCAGGACAGGGAACUUCGAAAGAGUGGGGUCAAAGGACUGUUUGAAGUCCGGGCCAUUCAGUACUUGGAAGCUAUUCCAGAGUCUGAACCCAGUGGGGUGAACAAAAUUCUUCGAAGUCUUGGAAAUAAAAUGAAAUUUCUGCAGAAGAAAUGAAAACCUGAAUUUUCAUACCUGAAAUGGAACAGGAAAUGUUGUCCAGGUCCAGGUGCCAGGAUGUAUUGACUGCAGAACUCUUGGAAAAGCUUAAAAGGUUCAAAGAAGCAGUCAGUCUGAAGAUUUUAUCCAGAUACUGGUUUAGGAAUCACUGCAGAAUUGUUGAGGGCGAUCUGAAAUCAGUGCUGCCUCCACUUUAUAUCCAAUUUCUUUGGAAAGAAAACAUUUCUGCUUCUUAAUAUCUAGGCUCAUUCUCUGGUGCUUGGACUAUAGAGAAUUUAUUUUUCUUAAAGUCUUAUUAAUGUUCAAUUAAAAUGAACACAUUAAGUGAGCAUGAGCCUCAUGCUGAAUUUUAGGGUAUUUGGGAAUGGUGGGAAAAUGUCCUUAACCAAGUUCUAUGGCAGCUUUAAAAUGUUGGGAUGAUUGACCCAAGCUAAAUGUUAUCUUUGUGGUGUUUGUUUUUUUUUUUUUUUUGUGGGAUUCCACUCAGGUGGGUAAGUCCUGCUCUUCAAUACCUUUUCCUUAUAGGAUAAGCAUCUUGCAGUCCAUUCUUCCAGACAUAGGGGGUAUUAAAUCCUGUGACUCUGGUUAACAGAGCUGUUUCCUAUCAAAAUGAACCAGUGCCACUUUGUAUCUUUCAGAACAAGGGACUCUGUAAUCAGCCGAAAUGACAUAAAAUUGGGGCAUCUCCCUAAACCUUGCAUUUUUUGCUAUGAAGAGCUGAACCUCUGGUAAUGUAACCUCAUUCUAGGGUCAUACCACUUACCUACCCGGACCCUUGGCACCCAAAGCAGUGCUAGUCUUUGGAAAGUCUGAUCAGUGGCAUUUAAGUAGCACUGUUUAAUUUUCAGAUUUUGGAAUCUCCAUCCAAUGGGGAUGUAUUUAAUUGGCACAAACACACAAUAAAAUCUUACAGUCUGUUAGGAUAAAUGUAAUUGCCAUUCUCACAAGCAAUAAGCUUGUUGGUUUUGUUUUUCUGGCAAACUAGAAUUUGCCUUCACAGCCCAACCAGGUAUUUAUACCUGUAUAAAUCUAAAGCACACACCAUUCAAUGGCUGAUGCUGUGUAAUAUAAUUCCUAUAUUCUGGGCCUAGAGGAAAGAUAGCCCUAUGCCUAUUUUAAAGUGUGUAGUAAGCAUCUUAUUCCAACAGGAUCCCUGUUAGAUUAAAACUUUGUCUAGUUUUUCCUUUUUAGAACUUCACCCUCCUGUCUUUUCCCAAAGGAAUCUCUGAUGGGGAAUAUUAAUAAAAUGGUGGGUGUGAAGAUGCGGGGAAGAAAUAAACUAAGUUAAAUAUAGCAGGCUGGGUCCUGUUGGUCCCUCUGUGAGGAGACCCCUUGCCUCAGGGAUGGGGUCCUUUAUGCCUUCUAAAUUUAGGAUGAUUCCUUGGGCUAUUUGUUAUUUUAUUUUUGUAAAGUACUAUGGAUCAUGGGUACGUCUGUUAACGCAGAAUUGCUCAAGAUUUGUAAAAAGUUUACAGAUUUUAUAUUUCAAAGAAUAAAAACAUUUUAAAAGUCA